AAUGACUCGAGUAUGGUUCCGUCUGAUGGCUGUAGUGUAACAUGUAGUGCGUUGCGAGGUUUACAGAAACAAAGAAUGAAAAAACACUGAGCGACCUCACCGACAACGACUGUAUCAAGAAAGGUAUGUAAAUUUCAUAAGCCAAAGGGAGACCAGUUCAUAUAUCGUCUUGAACCGUGUAUUAUGAGUGAUUGCAAAAUCCCUUGGUCCGAACUCUGAUGAGAAUUUCAUUCCGCGGUCGUCAGUAAACUUUUCUCAGGAGGGCAAUGGACUCUACACCAACAGUAAUUCAAUAAUUGGUCGCUAGAACUUACAAUACAUCCUGCGGUAUUUUGCGCAUUUUUUUAAAAUAUAAUUCGUCACUGCAGAGAUCGUGCCGCCUAGCACGGCUUUGAAACGCUUCUAUUUUGCCUUUAUAAGUUUAAAUCUUGCCUCAAACCUUUCCUUCGUAAACAGGCUUUAGGGCAUCUUUUUUCGAACAAGAAAAUUACGACUACAAAAUGAAAUUCGGCUCCGCAUAUAUCGUGACAUUUAUUUCCAAAUAUGUUGGCGUGACAAGUAAGGAAUCGUUUAUUUUGUUGUUGCUGUUUUUCUUUACCGUUUUUUGUUGUUGUUGGAUUAGUAUUUUAUCUGUAGAUUUUGGGAUUGAAUAUUUUCAGAUUGUGCAUUUGCAAUGUUUCUAACUGGAUAAUCGUGUUCACCAACUCCUGCUGAAACAGAUCUUGAAUUCCGGAAAAACGUCACGUCUACUCUUGCAGGUAACUCGAUCUCAUCCCUCCCACGGAAAUGAUACCAAAAGCCAAACAUAGUCAAGAGACAAAAGCCAUGCCAAAAUGCUACCGAACAGAUUUACUUUCAAUAAGAAAACAGCAAAACCAAAAGUUUGGCCAACUUUUAAGACUGCUUUUGCCAAUCACAAGUAUCUGUCGAACUGUGGCCUGUCAUGCCUUGAUUUUUAAAAAAGCGUAGUCUCCAGCUCCCUCGCAGCCGCUUUUGUCUCGUCACGCAACGCUCCGUGACGAAACAAAAACGGCUGCGAAUCUCGGUUUUCACUGUCACGCAAUCAAAAAUAAAAUUGCAAACCAUUCAAUUCAGAAAGUCCAGAAUAUAGGAAAUAAAUGAAGAUAAAUAUGCAAAAGGCCUCGCCUAGAAUCAGGUCUGUGCGAUAUUUCAUAUGCGAGAUAUAGGGAAAAAAGUUUUACCCAAAUUUAUAAAGCUUCGUAUGGAGAUGCCAUGUUUGUGUCCCUUUGUGGGGCACAAAUAUGGCCGCCCGAAACCAACAAAAACAUCUGUUUUUGAGUUUUCCUACUAAUGCAUGAAUACUCUUAAAGGAUUAAAGUGAUAUUUAUUCUGAGACAAGGAAUGUUUAGAAAGCAAAAUCUCCCAAAAUUGGUAAUGUUUUUAACCCACAUAAGAGCCUUCCCGGCCACCAGCUAAAUGCUACCUCACGCAAAAGCCUAGAAAUUCAAACGUCCUUUAUCGCAAAGGGAAGAACCCUUUCGAACCAAAACUUUGUUUAAAUAAAGGUGUUUAGGUGCUGUAAUACCUCAUGAAACUCAGAAACUCAGAAGAAUUGAUAGUUUCUUAGUUUGAAUUUUGGUGACGUCAUGUGAAAACCGAGAAUUAAAGGGUGAAGCUUAAUUUUUCUUGACACUUCUGGUGAAUCAUUAUGUGACAAAGCAGUGUUGCGUGACUCUAACUGGUGCUUUUGUUUUAUAUCGGUUGCUGUGAUUAAUCUAAAAGAAGUUCCUGGUCUCUUUUCUCACAACUUAAAUCAUAGCUAAUUGCUUUCCUUUAAAAAGAAUUACAUGUCUGUUUUGGUAGUGAUUUGAUAAAUAACAAAAGUAUCCAUAAUAGUUGUCAGUUAGCAAGUGGGUGGCCUGUGAUGGAACAGUGUGUUCAGGUUUCCCAGUCACACACAAGCUAUAGUUAGCAUUUCAUUUGGGGAGCAAGGGGGGGGGGGGGGGUUGGUGGAGCAGGGUCCUUGAAGCCAGAGCCAGGGGCAGCUAGUGCUUGUCAGGGUGAAAAAAAUGGGCAAAAUUGCUACAGGCAAAGUUUACAACAAACUUUUCAUGGGUGGAUUUAGGGGUUGUUCAAGGCCCUCCCUUUGUAUUAUUUUUUAAAGAAUUCUUAGGGAAAUAAUAGUAUCUAUAUAGCUGGCAAGUGUCCUGCCCCCACCCCCUACAGCAACCUCGUCAUGGGUGGGUUAAGGAGCGGUCAGAGAUGACUUUCUGUGGAAUGUUUUUUUAAUUUUUAAAGAAUUCUUAGUAAAAUAACUAGUAUCUAUAUAGCUGGCAAGUGCCCUGCCCCCAGCCCCCUACGGCAACCUCGUCAUGGGUGGGUUAAGGAGUGGUCGGAGAUGACUUUCUGUGGAAUGUUUUUUUAAUUUUUAAAGAAUUCUUAGUAAAAUAGGUAGUAUCUAAAUAGCUGCCAAGCGUUCAUGACGAUGCUGACGAAACAUUUUACUGACCUGUUUUAGUUUUAGCCGUGUUAUUGAGCUGGGCUGACUAAAAUUCAACGGUUUCUUGUGUCAAUAUUUAUUAAUAACAAUCCUGUUUCAACUUUUUUUUCGUACUUUUUUUCGGUUUCAGACGGAAGAUACGGUUGAGCUGAGAACUGAAAUACUGAUUUUUUUUUCAACAGGACGAAAUACUGGUGUUUAGAAAAUACCCUUGACGACUGUCUUCAUUAAUUCCAACUGCCUUUUGAAAAAUGACAACUUCACCAAGCAAUGGAGACGCCCUGCAAAUGACGUGCAGCACAGCCAAAGAAAUCGCGAGAAUUUCCGAGGGAGUGGUCUUUUUUCUUAUUUUCCUGGGAGUCGUCAUUAAUGCAACAGUCUGUGGAAUCAUGAUACGCAACAAGUGCGUGUUAAAGAACUUGUCGAACUUUUUCGUGUUUCACUUGUCCGUGGUGGAUUUGAUUUUUCGCUUGACUACAGUGGGGCCAUUGAUAUACCUGAGUACAGUGUAUACCAGAGAAGAGGCUGGCAUUCCUUGCAAGCUCUUUCAUUUCUUCUCUGCCAUUUGUGGUGCGGCUUUUUUUGUCACGCUUGUUGUCAUCUCCGUCGACGUGUACCGUGACGCGGCUUCUCCCUUAAAAGGCAUUAUGUCACGCCGCACGCCAUUCUUGGUCUUGCUCGGUGUAUGGCUAUACGCAGCUAUCUGCUCUGGACCUGUCACGUACAGCGCAGAGAGUAUCCUCUACACCGAAAUCCCCGAAAUGAGCUCAAACGUGACUCAAGAACUGAGAAACUGCAGCGUUCCCAAGUUGUGCGAUUAUCUAAGAAAUUGGGGCGGACAGCUCUCUUCGACCCUCUUUUUUGUCAUGGCAUUGCUAGCACCCCUAGCUGUCAUAGUAACCCUGUUUUUCAUCACCUAUGCCUACCUACACAGAGAUAAAAGCAACGGUACCAUCAGUAAUGAGACCGCCGGCGCCAAGCGAAAGUUGACACGCAUGUUAGGGGUCCUGUGUCUGGGUGUGGUCCUGUGCUGGGGACCCAACGUCGUAAUCACCAUGUUACGCUCGUAUGACGUCAUGGAUGAUGCUCCCUCGGAUGUUGUGCUGAUACUGACGAUUGCCUCGGAGAUGACGAAGUUCUUGAAUUCGAUAUUCAAUCCCUUGAUUUUUGCCUAUUAUAUACCCAACUUCAAGAAGGACUGGUUUGGAUUGUGUUCUUGUUGCAAGUGUUGCCGUGCUGACGAAGUCCAGCAUCCACCUCUUCGAAAACCACACCUCCACAUGGUGCAGUCUACUGAAUACCGUGAUAGUCAAACGAUGAUGUAAAUACAACCCAACACAUAAGUAAAACAGUAAUGUCCAAAACUUCUCAAUCCCUAGCGUGAAAAAGUAGCUGACACUUCCGCGACACCAACUGCACCGGUUUCCCCGCGAAAUGAUGGCGGAGAAACGAGCGUAGAAAUUCCAUACUGAUGACGCGUCGCUACCCAGAUCUGGGUAGUGCGUCUGAUUGGUCGUGCCUCGUGGGAUUUGCUUCAACCAAUCAGAAACACUACCCAGAUCUGGCUAGUCACGCGUCAUCAGUAUGGAAUUUCUGCGCUGGUUUCUCAGACGUCAUUUCGCGGGGAAACCAGUGGUGUCGUCGCGAAAUGUCGGCUGUUUUCUCAAGCUAUUCAAGCUCAAAAGUGGCGAAUUUCAAAAUUAAAUUACAAAAUUUCCAAAUGUCAUUUUGUAAAAUGCUGA